GUGAGGGCUCGUAUCCGGAUACGCGAUUGCGGCAAGAAGGUUCCUUGCUGCGAAGAUAAUGGGAGCAGCCUCGAGCAUCGACGAUGGGGCGCCGGACCUCGAGCCGUACGACCGCCUGCGCGAAGGCUUCCGCCGCUUGCUGCCGCCGGGCGCGCCGCGAGGCCAUGGCAUCGACCGCGCGACCUUCCGCUACAUGGUGCUUGCGUCCUUCCCUCGCUUCCCGCGGACGCUGGCCGAGCGCAUCUUUGACGUGCUCAACGUCGAGCACUCGGGGCUGCUGCAGCUAAGCGAGCUCCUUGCCGGUCUCGAGCUUUCGCGUGACGUUCCAUCCUCCGACGCCAAGCUGCAGCAGGCGUACCGCGAGAAGCAGUGCAAGCUUCUCUUUGCCAUCUACGACUACAACGACACGGGCUUGCUCCAGCGCGACGUCCUCGAGCGUUUUGUCAUUGUCAUCUAUGGCGCAGCGAAGCUGCCGCUUGUCGCACCCGCGCUCGACGUGCUCUUUGACAAGGCUACGCUCUCGCAGGCGCCAUUCCUGACGUACGCCGAGUUCCACCGCCACUUUGAGACGCGCAAUGCAUCUUUGGAGUUUCUCUUUCGCUGGCUGGCGACCGUCGCCAUGCACGUCGGUCGCGGCCCGGACCCCGGUAUCGGCGCACUGCAGACGGCGUACAGCGUCGUUGCGAUCCGCGACCGCAUCCGCGCCGACACGCUCUUGACGAUUGAAGAGAUUUGCAACCUUGAAAAGUGGUUUCAGCGCGCCCUCACGAGCGGCCAGCGGCUCGCGACCGACGCGUUCGUCCAAAGUACCUUUGCCGCGUCAACGUCGCCACGCUUUGCAGAGGCCCUCGCACGCUUCAUCGGCCCGCGCCUCGACUUUCACCAGUUUUGCCUCCUCGUGUCGACCUUUGCGCGGAGCUCCACCGACGACGCGCUGCGCUACCUCUUUCGCAUCGUCGCGGACCCGCGAUUGACGCAUGCCACGCUCGUCGAGCUCGUUGAACACCCAAUGCAUGACAACGCCACCUCGUCCCAUAGUGCAGACGACAACGUCCGGGCGGAUAGCGACGACGCUGAUGGGUACACGCUCGAAGCGUUUGUCGAACUGGCAACUUCGUCGUCGUCGCGCUCGUUGGUGGAGCCGCUUUUGCAUGCACUGGCCAUCGCCGUCUCGUCCCAGUUCAACUACAGCGUCAAGCCGCAGACGCCAGCGAUCGAGCGCUGCAUCGUGCGUGCCCGCUGGCUCGACUACACCAUCCCUCAGCGCUUGCAUAUCUGGCACCUCGUUGACACGGCGUGGUGGUGCGCGUGGUGCAAGUACUCGGGCUUCCACGUGCUCGAAGGCACCCGCGGCGGGUCGCUGCCGUUUCCAGCCCUGCCCGCCAGCGUCGUGCAAACCACUGGCCUCGACGUGUGUGACGACGACGCGUCGACGACCGAGCGGCCGCCGCGCCUCAACAAUUGGGCGCUGCAGCUGCGUGCCGGCAGCCGUCGGCUCCAGCCCAACAUGGUGCUCGGCCAGCAUUUUCACCUGUUGCCCGAGCCCGUGUACACGGCGUUGGUGGCGUGGUUUGGCGGCGGCCCGCCCUUUGCGCGGUCCUAUGUCGUCGGCGACGACGGGCACUUGACGUUGGAGCUCUUCCCGCUUGUGCUGCGGGUCGCCAAGACCACGUACCGCGGCGACAUCACGUUGUCGGGCGAGGAGAUCCUCGUCGGCGCGCACUCGACGACGGCGUCCAUGCUUUACGACUGCUGCCACGCGCUCGUCGUUUUGCGCGAUGCAGUAUCCAAAUCCCGUCUCUGGGCAUUCCGCCAAGACCAACCGUUGGCCAAGGUGCUACUGCCACCCAAUGCACUGCCCUACGCCCAGCUCAGCCAAGAAUGGGUCUUGCUCGUUGAAGUGCAAGACAGCGACGGGUCCUGGCCGCUCUCCCAGCCGGAAGGAAGUCUGGACGAGACAGCACCCGAGAGUCACCCGCCGUCUUCGGACGCGCCAAAAUCUUACUCGAACGGGCUCGUCGGACUCGACAACCUCGGAAACACGUGCUACAUGAGCAGUGCGAUCCAGUGCUUGAGCCACUCACGCCUGCUCAGCGAUUACUUUCGUACCGGGCUAUACCGGCACGACAUCAACACGCGCAACCCGCUGGGCAUGCAGGGGCGCCUUGCGGCCGCGUUUGGCCAGCUCGUGCUGCAGCUCUGGACAACGUCCAAGAAGCACUUGUCACCAUCGCCGUUCAAGGCGGUGCUCGCCAAGUACAAUAGCCACUUUGACAACGACGACCAGCACGACGCCCAAGAACUCCUUGCGUUUCUUCUGAGUGGUCUCAGCGAAGAUCUCAACCGCGUAGUCGAGCCGCCGCCAAGCACGCCGAUCGCCGACAGCCAUGGCCGGCGCGACGCGGACGUGGCCGACGAGUGGUGGCAGACGUUUCUCCAGCGCGAAGUGUCGGUCAUUGUCGCACUCUUUAUGGGCCAGUACAAGUCGCUGCUCACGUGUUCGCGCUGCCAUUUUGCGUCGGCGUCGUUCGAGCCAUUCACCUUUCUCCAACUGCCGCUGCCCGAGAGCACGCUGCGGCACCUCGUCUUGACGAUCGUGUUUCGCUGCGACCGACCGCCGCUGCGCGUCACAGUGCCGAUCCAGCGCAGUGGCACCAUCGCCGACGUCAAGCAGGCCGUGCUCGCGCUCGAUGUCGUUGAGACGGCCCACCUCAUUGCCGCGUGCCUCCAAGGUCGGGACGGCGUGGUGCACACGGUCUUUGCCGCGGGCCAUAGCGUGUCGCAUAUUCGUGACGACGAGCCCCUCAUCGUGUACGAAGUUGACGAUGUCACCGCCCUGCAGCAGCAAGCGACGUGCGACCCGACCGCGCCGCUUCGCGUCGGCGACGCGGUUGGCGUCCCGAGCGACCGUGGCGGCACGCCGUCGCACGCGCGCAUCACUCACUGCAACGCCAACGGCACUUACGAUAUUGCGUACUGGACGGGCAAGCGCGACAGUGGCUUGUCGCGCACACGCGUCUUGCAGUACGCGGGCAAGAGCGUGCACGUGUACUUGGUGCAUCGCCGCAUGGAGCACUCGAACGUCUUCUUGACCGACCCGUGUGUGUUGCGGCUGUUUGGGACGCCGCUCGUGCUGCCGUUUGUACCAAGCGCCACGACAGGUUAUGCCUUGUACGUGGCAGUCUGGCAGCGUCUGCGUCGUAUCUUUCAUUGGACCGAGCUGCCGGUGCCGCUCAAGACCGCUCGCGCACCAAGUGCGCGCAGCAACGUGGCGACCGUUGCCCUCGGUCGCGGCCUGGAGGACACGGGGUUUGGGUUUUGUCUCCGGAUGGUGACGACCGACGGGCUAGCGUGUUCGCGCUGCGACUGGCUCGACGGCUGCCGCGGCUGCUUGGUGCCCAGCGACGACGUCGCCUUCGUCCAAAUGUGCGGUCGCGAGACGCUUGCGAUCGACUGGGACAUGGCGACCAUGACAGAAGUCUACGACGGCGGCGAAGCCAGCAAAGUGGUGGUGCACCCGAGCUACCACACGUACAAGGCGGUGGUCGACGCGCCCUUGAGCUUGGCGUCGUGCCUGCUCGAGUUUACGGCCUGCGAACCCAUGGACGAGGCGUUUUGCGGCCGCUGCAAGGCGCUGUCGCCGUCGACGAAGAAGAUGGAUCUCUGGCGCCUCCCGCCAUUGCUCGUGAUCCAGCUCAAACGCUUCCAGUACACGUCGUCGUCCAAGAAGAAGCUGCGGCAGCUCGUCCACUUCCCACUACGUGGCUUGGACUUGGCGGAUUUUCUCGUCAAGAAGACGCUGACACCAGGGCUCGAACACUGGCAAUUCCUCGGUGGCAAGCUCGCGACGCAACACGAGGCGCGUCCCAACAGCGUCUACGACCUGUACGCGGUCAUCAACCACAUGGGAGCCCUUGGCGCCGGCCACUACGUCGCCAACGUGCGAAGCGAGAGCGAUCAAAAGUGGCGGUGCUUCAACGACCACCUCUGCCGCGACAUUGACGAGCGCGACGUGGUCUCGUCAUCGGCCUACAUUUUGUUCUACGCACGCCGCGACAUGCAGUCGCUGCCCGUGCGCCAAGUGUUUCCGCCCAACAUGAGUGCCAGCCCGCUCUCGGACGAUGAGCUCUCAGCGAUGCUCUCGGACCGGGACGGCUCGCGCUGUACGAUUAGCUAGCUUUUAUAAAGUUAUGGAAGAACUUGCAGGUGCUGGAUGUGGUCAAGA